GGAGAAUGGUGUAAAAGUAAAGCUUUGAGGGUGGUGAGUUACAGAGCAAAAGAAGAAUGGGGGUUGGAGCAUCAACACCAUCAACACCUUCUGCCAAAGUAUCAGCCAUUUUCGUAUACCCAAUUAAAUCAUGUCGUGGAAUUUCUCUUUCUCAUGCUCCCCUCACUCCUGCUGGAUUUAGAUGGGAUAGACAAUGGAUGGUGGUGAAUCCUGAAGGUCAAGGGAGGAUGUACACUCAAAGAGUUGAACCAAGGCUUGCUUUGGUUGAGGUUGAAUUGCCAUCUCAGGCAUUUCUUGAAGACUGGGAACCUACUCAAGACUCCUAUAUGGUGGUGAAAGCACCUGGGAUGCAACCUCUCAAAAUUUGUUUGAGCAAAGAAGGGCAGAAAGUUGCAGGUGUUGUCUCAGUAUGGGAAUGGACAGGGUCUGCCUGGGAUGAAGGAGCUGAAGCAUCACAGUGGUUCUCAGAUUAUUUGGGAAAACCCUGUCAACUGGUCCGCUUCAAUACUGGUAGGUCUUUUUCAUUAUGA